GCAUUCUCCCCCCUUUGUGAGACCUCCAAGCGGUUUGCACGGGCGCGCGCGCCGCCAUGGCGCCGUGCGAGAACAUCCGGUGCGGUGCGUGCGGGUGUUCUCCGCUGUGGAGAAUUGCAUGGAGAUCCUUGAGUAGUCAUGGCAGUGGAAUUGCGGGACUCGUGGCCUUUCAAUACAUCUCUUUCAAACACAUGCUCAGUCGAGUGGAAGUCUCCACCGAGAGCUCCAAGUUGCUCUGGUGUGCCGUCUUGGCCAUUGCAUCAUUCACGUGUGUGGCGGUCUAUGCAAGUUUCUGGCACAUCUUGCAGGACUACGUGCGACGUGUGGCCAUUGAGAAGGCCAUGUCCCAGGGCUUUGGCGUGCGCUUCCCUGGUCCGGCACAGCUGCACCAGACGCGCCUGGGACGUUGCACCAUCCUGCUGGCUCUUUUAAACAUGAUCAUCUUGGUGGCAGAUCUGGUAAGAAGCAUCUGGCGAGAAGAGACGUCAAGACCGGAUCAACUGCGAAUUGAUUGGGAAGUCCUCUCAAGAACUGCACCUUUGAUGAUGUACUUGCGAAACCUCUCCUCCAUUGCAACGUCACCCUCGUACCCCUGGCACCAGUUCCAGUGGCUUUUGCAGCAUCCACUACCUCUCCACGAGCUCUUAGCCUCAGCUGAGAUGGAUGGGGAACGCAACGACUGCUGGCACAGGAUCUCUGCCGCUCUCUCCCGCAGGGGCGUGCGUUCCUCGGCGGGGAUCGAACUUCGCAAUCUGAAUCCGGAGGCGGAAGAAGCUUCUGAUGUGAGUUCAGUCAUGGAGGCGCCGGUGCCCACGGUUUCGGCCGCUCCAUGGCCGCUCUUGUGUUAUUUGCGUCCCCUGGUUGCGGACCGGCCCUAUGCCUGCCACAUGCACGCGUGCCUUGCGGUGGGGAUGCUGGUGAUCUUUGCCACAGUCCUCCCAACAUGGCUUUGGCGGAUUUAUGAGCACAGCUUCAUUCCACAAUACCUCGACCUUCACGUGGAAGGUGGCACCAUAAAACUGGCAGAUCGGGCUGUGGAUGGCGUUGACUACUGGCUUCUUCCCUUCGACCAGCCUCGGCUCCUCCUGCGCCUGAAGCCGGAUGUGUCCACGGCGAGCAGAUUCUACAAGUGCCCCAAGGACAUCUGCGAACCGGCCAUCGAACGAAGCUUUCAGAUGCACCACUCGAAGAUGGAUCCCAUCGAAAUGGUCUUGACCGAGGAACACUUCGGGCACCGGAGCUCCUUCGAGCUGCGGGGCUUCUUUCGACGGAAGGUCUACGUGGGGGUGGUGGGCUUCGAACGGAUCUGGAUGAAACUGGGCAUGGAUCUUCCCCAGACCUUGGAGAUGUUCGGCAAGAACUGCUUCGCCAAACCGCUGGUCCGGCGGGACGUUUUGUUCCCCAAAGACGACCACCUGACGGCGGAGCUCGGGUUUGGAGCCAACUGGGAUUUGAUGGAGUUGGUCUGGACUCCUGAGCUCACGGUGCACCGUUUGGAUCGGAACCUCAAGCGGGAAAGCAGCACACAACUGGCAUGCGAAGCGCUCGGGCACGAUCACCUGUUCACCUGCCGGGGCCUCUCGUUUACGACUCAUUGCCCAGCUUCGUGCGAUUUGGUGGUCAGGAAGCUGAAGGUCAAACCGAGAAAGCUGGUGGACCGAACCUCCACCGAGCGAAGCUUCAGUCUCACGGCACAAAUCCGCGAUACAGAAGGCUUCUUCUUGGCCCCGCUGCUCGAGAAGCAGAAGGCGGUGGAAGUGCUUCGCUUGACGAGCGGAGCGCAUCCCAGCACAGAGAUGCUGAAAGCAGUGGCAGCGCGAAACAAUCUGCUGGCCGAAGCCUAUCGAAGCUUCGGAGCUGGAACCGGGAGUGGCUCCGGCGAAGCCCGUCGAAGUACCAGCCUCCUUUUGACGGGGUUGACGUGUGUGGGAAAGUCCUCGGCCUGCUAUUUCCUGACCAACAAUGAGACCUGUGAGUUUUCCAACUCCUUGGAGUCUCACACGAACUCCGUCUUCCAAGUGACCGGGCAUGCGUUUGAAGAUCGGAUGCAACUGAUCUUGAGAGUCUGGGACAUCCCGGGAUUCGGUGAUACCAAGGGAGAGGAGAGUUUUCAGGAGCAGUGGGCACAAACGAUGGCGCACCUGGCGGAGCAUGAGACCGGCUUGGAUUGCAUUCUUUGGGUUGUGAAUGGGGCCAUCCGGCGAAAGCUCGCAGUGCGUAGGGAGAUGCUCCGACACUAUCGCUCAGCCUUCGGUGCGUCGUUCUACAGCUACCUGAAAGUUCUGGUGAACUUUGUUCCCAUGACAGACGAAGCAUCACAUCAGAUCCUCAUGCAUGAGUGGAUCCAACAGUUUCGAGACUUCAUCAUUGAGGAGGAGAAGGAACUGCUGAGAGAUGACUGGGAGCAGCUGGAAGAACGAGUGGUCACCGCCGUCAAGGAGAAGCUGUCGAUCCUGGUGGUGGACUUGAACCCCUCCUAUUUGACCGGACCGGAGAAGGUCGAAGUUCCACUCUCAGCGCCGUUGGUGAGUCGGAUACCUCCCUACAGCCAACCAGUGAACCUGCCAGAUCUUCUGCAGCUGGUGGAGGAGCUGGGCGCGUCGAGCUCCGGAUCACGGGCGCUGUAUCGGGCGCCGCUGGCGAUCCGCCCCAGCUGUCCACGGAGGGGCUUCGCAGAGGUGGAGGCUGAAGCCACGGCGGUGGAGAUCCACGGGGAGAGCCAUGAGUUUCAAAUCAUCGUGAGGAUAGUCGGGAAGUAUUUGGGGAAAGGGGAUGGAUUGCUGGCGCAGUCGGCAGAUGAACCUUGCGGCAAAGGACGCCUCUACUUCGCGCUGAAUCCAGCGGAGGACAACCACACCAAUCAUACAGUACUUGGAGGACAACCCACCUGGAGCUUCUCUCAGCUGCGGAAGGUCACACUGACGGAGGGUGUGGGACCUUUGAAGCUCUGCUUCUGUGAGGCACCAGGCUGUGGACCGGCUGCUCGCAGCGACGAAUGGCCGGAACUGCCCAUGGCGCGCUACUGCCAGGAUGCCGGCACCUUUCCUCUCAUGGGGCACUUGGAGGUUCCGGCUCUACAGCCUGCUGUAGAGCCGCUGGCGGUACACCGGUGCCUUCGGAGCUGCGUGGCGGGUGAGACGACGUUGCGAUGUGCAGUGCCGUGUGAGCUGGGACACUGGAGGGUGAGCUGCCAAGAGGUCUCUAUUCACCAAAAUGGCAGCUUCUACUUGGCGCCUUCAGCUAGAGACCAAGAACGACGUUGUGAAAUCCCUUGCGCUGGCCCUGGUGCAGAGGGAAGCCAGAAAAGACAUCUCAUCUGGAGCUCUGGCCGCAUUUCUGGAAGUUGUGAUCCUGAGAGAUCUGAGGCAGUCGGUGAUGGCAUCCAGGAGGAGGGCGCCAAGGCCUUAGCCUUGGCAUUGCCUUCGAGCUCGUUGACUCGGCUGGACUUGAGUGCUCACGGACUCUCCGAUGCCGGAGUGAAAGCUUUGGCUAAAGCCUUGCCUAAGAGUCAACUGACUGAGCUGGAUCUGACCGACAACGGGAUCCACUUGAGCGGAGUCAGCGCCUUGGCGGAGGCGCUGCACGAAGGCGCCCAGCUCACCAAGCUGCUGCUGUCGAAGAACCGCCUGGGAGAAGGAGAAGUCCAAGUCUUGGUCGGGGCACUUGGGAGAAGCCAGUUGACCUGGCUGGGUCUCUCUGAAAAUGAUGUGACGCACGUCGGGGCGAUUGUCCUUGGUGCAGCACUGCCCGAAACCAAGCUGACCGUGCUUGAUCUCACUGGGAAUAGGAUUUGCUCAGAGACAUCGGGCGUGCAUGCUUUGGCGGCUGCAUUGACCAAGAGCCAGCUGAAGCAGUUGAACUUGGGCAGCAACAGUAUCGGUGAGGCUGCUGAAUUUUUGACGUCAAGCUUGUCGGAGAGUCAGCUGACUGAACUGGAUCUCUCCGACAACGGUUUAGGGGAAGCUGAAGUGCAAGAUUUGGCUCACGUGCUGCCGAAUUGCCAACUGACUAGCUUGAAUCUUCAGUGGAACAACGUGGGGGAUGCUGGAGCCAUCGCUUUGGCGCCCAAACUUGGGAAGAGCCAACUGAGAGAGUUGAAUCUCGAAAGAACCCGUAUAUGGCGCUCGGGAGCUAUCGCCUUGGCUGCUGGCUUGUCAGGCAGCGUGUUGACCAGCUUGUGGUUGUCCUUCAACAAUCUGGGCGAUGGCAUCCACUCUCUGGCCAGAGCACUGCCUGGAAGUCAGCUGAUGGUCUUGUCUCUCGCGCACAGCGGAAUGGAGGUGGCUGGUGCCCAAGCGAUCGCGAAAGCACUGCCUUCGAGCAGAUUGACGGAGCUCCAUCUUUCAUCGAACGAACUGGGCGAUGCCGGGGCGGAAGCUGUCGGGCUGACCUUGCCCCAGAGCCAACUCCUUCACCUGGACCUGGCAGAUAACGGUCUCAGUCAUGUUGGAGCACAUGCUAUUGCGCUCGCACUGCCUAAGAGCCAACUGACACACCUGGAAUUGUCGAGCAAUGGCAUUGGAGACGCGGGUCUCCGAGCGCUGGCGGAUGUUCUGGUGCAGAGCCAACUGAAAGAGCUCGACGUGUCUCAGAACAGAUGCUGAGCUUUGCGCAAGAACCUGCAGGGUGUCAGGUGUUGAAAGGACCGGUUGAUUUGUGGCUCUUGUAUGAGGUUAUUGCCUGAAAAUGGGAGGCCCCAAACGAGAGGUUUGGUUGUCUGGAGGUCCCCAUUUUGUACUCCACAUCUGAGUUAGGCUAUUUUCGGGAAGACUUGGAGAACCUGCAGGGUUUGACUCAAUUUCCCCUGUACUAGUUGGGCUUUGUGGGGAUAUGGACUUUUGAGCCAUGCCCAAAGGGAUCAUUCAUUCUCAGAGAAAAAUGGACACGGAUGAACGGGGGUGAGAUGUGCAGGCUGGUUCAAAAAGUAUUUUGGAUCUGAAGAUGGGGUGCUGCCUUGAAUUUAGGCAACAUGUUCACCUUGACAUUCACCGUGGCUUGAGAGCAUGGAGACUCGCAGUUCUUGGAGGCUCUUCAAUGCUCAGGAGGGCUCCAACCUGCAUGUAGAAGGCCAAUGACAAGUGGAUCAUGAGCCACAGUCAAAGCCAUGUGAGACGACGAACCCGUUCUAGUUCAGGUGCCAAUGAAGAAAUCCUGUGAGAAUGGCAGACUAGUUGGCAGACUUUCACAGGGAUAUCCGUUCAUGAACUACAGACAUUUGGGUGCUCCUUUCCACCGAGCAAGGGCAGAUCGGACGUGGCCAGUUUGAAAGAGGGUCAUCACAGUGGAUGAAUGUCUUCCUCUUAGAACUGGACAAGGUAGGGACUGUUUGUUGGUGCAGUGGGUAUCUUUCCGAGGCCGUUCACCAGUAUGAUUGACUCCAAUAAUCACUCAUCUACCAUAGGAAACUUCCAGUUGAAGGAUGUUGAAGGUGCUUGCCUCACCAAUCCAGACUCUCCUGGCCCAGGCUUUGGCGAGGACGCGAAAGGGGAGCUGCUGAAAGCAUGUGGCACUGCCCAUGUGAAGUGCACCGCCCACUGAGUGGCCUGCUGAAGUUCGAAAAACUGUGACAGGGAGAAGGGCUGGUGACAGCCCUGCUGGCUUGGCGAAACACAUCCCAAGUGUUGGCUCAAAUCCAGUGGUUCAUCAAAAAAAGGGUCUGUUGGAUUUGCCAAAAGUUUG